AUGGCUCCGACCAAACCCCCGCGGAAGAAGAUCGUGACCGACCCCAAGACUCCGACCAAGAAAAAUGGCAACCCUGCUGCGCGUCCCUCACCAGCCAAGGGCCAGCGCCAGCACCCCGCCGACCCUGCAACUCCCGGCCCGCAAGCUGCGCCCGUCAAUUACGCCCAGGCCCAGGCGGACGAGAUCGAAGCCUUGAAGGCCAUUUAUAUGGAGGACUUUGAAGAAGUCGAAACCAAGGGAGCCUGGAGCCAGAACACUGACCGCGCUUUCAAGCUAUCGCUCAAGGCUUCCAGUAACUCAGACAUCAACGCCCUCCUGUCUGUCCGAUUCACAGCUACUUAUCCCAAGACCAUCCCCAUUCUAAAGCUCGAGAGCACCCAUGGUUUGCGCACUAAAUCCCAGAAAGAUCUGGAGAACCUGGUGAAGACGAAGCCCGGCGAGCAUCUCGGCGAAGUCAUGAUCUUCGACAUCGGCACCGCCGUUCAAGAAUUGCUCGAGGACGCUGUGGCCGCCCGCCAGGAAGAUCAGGCCGUGCCGAGCCUGGAGGAGGAGCGUCAAGUCCACGAGGCCGCUGCUGAGGAGCUGGCCAAGAAGCAAGAGGAGGAGAGGCUGAAGAAACUAGAGGAAGAAGAAGAAGAGCAGCAACGCAUCUUCCAGCACAUGGUUGAUCAAGAACUAAGCAGGCGCAAAGAGCAGAAGAGGCAAAUCAGGAUCCUAUCAGCUGCUCCCGAAGAGACGAGCAUUAUAUAUGGUACGUGUCGCCGAGUUAUUUCACCUGCUACGUCGAUGUUGAUUUUCCCAGAAAUCGAAACGGGCCCAAUGAGACCGCUGCGCAGCGGCCCCGUCUCCCAAGUCUAUGCCCUCGUCCACAAGUCGAUGCCACUUGCCUUCAAGAAGGCUCAGGUCAAGGCUGAGGGCCAUCCCGCCCGCGUCAAGAAGCUCGUCGAAGAGUUUGACCAGGCCAUGGAAGAUCUGAGAAAGGUGUCGCACGAGAACGUCAUCACCAUUCUCGAAUUCAAAAUUGAUAGAGCCCCAGAGGGUGCAGAGUGGAACAUCAGCAUUCUUUCAGACUUCGCCGAUAGAGGGUCUCUUGUCGACCUGUUCCAAGUAGUUGACACUUUCCCUGCGGACAAGGUCCGCUCUUGGACAAUCGAUCUCCUUCAGGCUCUCGACUACCUGCAUCGCAGUGGUGUGAUUCACAAGAGACUCCAUCCUGGAAAUGUUCUCUUUUGUGAGCCUGCUGAAGGUGGCCCUCUGUAUGUAAAGUUGGCAGAUGGCGGCUUUCAGCAAUGCCUUCAUAAUGCCAUCGACGCCGCUCGAGGAGCAGAGAAGGCCGAGUCGGCAAGGUCUGCCUAUUGGACAGCCCCCGAGCUUCAAGAAGGCAACGCUAGACCCUCAAGGAAGACGGAUAUCUGGGACUUGGGCAUUGUCUUCUUACAAAUGCUGUUCGGCCUUGAUGCACCCCAGAAGUACAGCUCCCCACAAGCGCUCAUGGCCGAUAAGGAUGUCUCACCACCCCUUGAGGAGAUGAUCCGCAAGUUCUUCAGGCCAGAUCCGAAGAAGCGCCCCUCAGCCUUUGACCUCAUGCCAUCGGAAUUCCUUCGCACCAACGCGCCCGUGCUUUCACUGCCUUCUCCUCCCUCACGCCUUGGCUUGCAUUCCACCAGCAGCUCGAUACCGAUACCCGGCCGCCGCAUCCAUCGAGAGUCUUCAAGCUAUGAAGGUAGCUAUAACAACGGUACAUUCUCCCGCUAUGCAAGCGAAUGGACAGAGCUCGGUCGCCUCGGAAGAGGAGGGUACGGGGAGGUCGUCAAGGCACGCAACAAACUCGAUGGGGGUGUGUACGCCAUCAAGAAGAUCAAGCAAAAUACCGCUUCGGCUCUUUCCGAUGUCCUGUCAGAAGUAAUGCUGCUCUCCAAGAUGAACCAUCCUUAUGUCGUGCGUUAUUAUUCGGCAUGGCCGGAGAAUGAAUUAGGCAGUGCCUUCGACACUGAAACCGAAACGGAGACGGAGACGGAAUCGGCUGUGGCUACAGAAGACACAGUAUCGAAUAGCGGCCCUGAUAUCGAGUUUACACGCAGCAAUACCGGUGGUCUUGACUUCAUAAGCUCCGGGGUAAACAUCCAAUUCGAGGAUGAUUCUGAUGAUGAGAGCGACACAGAAGACGAGUUCUCGGGUUCCGAUAGCGAAAGCGGUACCGGUACUGCCGAGAUGAAGUCACCGCUCAAGCUAAAGCGAACAACAUCAGCUUCGAAAUCACGCGGAAUCCGAACCACUCUCUACAUCCAAAUGGAGUUCUGCGAACGCCAAACACUGCGUGACUUGAUCCGCCAUGGCCUUUACGACGACGCCAACAAAGGAUGGCGGCUCCUUCGCCAGAUUCUUGAAGGCCUGGCUCAUAUCCACAGCCAUGGCGUUAUUCACAGGGACCUGAAGCCUGACAACAUCUUCAUCGAUACUGCCAACAACCCUCGCAUUGGCGACUUCGGCCUCGCGACAACAGGUCAAUAUCAAAUUGCUGACCGGGCCACCGGCGUUGGAAGCACGGCUGCCAGUACUCAAGGGGACCAGACGCACAGUGUAGGCACCACCUUUUACAUCGCCCCAGAGCUGAAGUCCGGUGUCAGCGGCACCUAUGACAGCAAGGUCGACAUGUUUUCAUUGGGUGUUAUCUUCUUUGAGAUGUGCUAUCCGCUGAAGACGGCAAUGGAAAGAAGCGAAGAGAUCACGAAGCUCCGUCAGAAGGACCACGCUCUACCCAGUUGCUUCCAGUCAUCGGCAAAGGCCCUGCAAGGUGAAAUCAUCCUGUCAUUGAUCAACCACCGGCCGAGUGAGCGACCCAGCAGCAACAAAUUAUUGCAUGAAGGAAAGAUUCCCCACGAGAUUGGCGAUGAGACGGUCCGGUUGGCUCUUGCGGGCCUAUCCGAUCCCAACUCUCCACACUACAAGAAGAUGUUGACUGCUCUGUUUGCUCAAGGAGCCAACAAACAGGUACAAGUCAAGGACUACACCUGGGAUCUUAACGCAGCGAAGGGUACAGUUGAGCAGAAAGCGAGCACUUUGGUGAUCCAGGAGCUAGUGGAAGAUAAGCUGAGCUCCAUUUUCCGAAGGCACGGCGCUGUCAAGACGAGAAGACAGCUGCUGUUCCCUACAUCAGACCACUACGAGGAGCAGAACGUCGUGAAGCUUUUCGACUCCUCUGGCACUCUUGUGCAGCUACCCUAUGAUCUCACGCUACCGUACGCCCGUUCGAUUGCCAGGCAAGCUCCCCCUGUGGAAAAGACAUACACUAUCGGACACGUCUACCGCGAUGCGUUCGAGGGAGGCGCGCCUCGUAGCAACGGAGAGGCCGACUUUGAUAUCAUCUCGUACAAUAGUCUCGAUCUUGCCCUCAAGGAAGCAGAGGUUGUCAAGGUCAUGGAUGAGGUGAUCAGCGAGUUUCCGUCUUUGUCGACUGCUCCGAUCGUGUUCCAGAUCAACCACGCGGACCUUUUGGAGUUGAUCAUGGAAUCUUGUCGUAUAGCUACACCGCUGCGCCGCUCCGUCAAACAAAUCCUCAACAGGCUUAACAUCCAAGACUGGACUUGGCAGAAGAUUCGGAACGACCUGCGAUCUCCCACAGUUGGCGUGUCAUCUACCUCGCUUGACGACUUGGCCAAGUUCGAUUUCAGUGACUCUCCAGAGAAAGCCUUUAGCAGAAUUCAGUCUCUGCUUGCAGGCACUGAAUUCUUGGAUAAGACUCAUGCAAUCUUCGCUCACCUACGCACCGUCCUGGGCUACCUCAAGAAAUUCAACGUCGGCCGCCAGAUCAAGGUCAAUCCUCUCGGCACGUUCAACGAAAAAUUCUAUACUGGCGGCUUCAUGUUCCAAUGCCUGUACGACACCAAGAGGCGCGAUGUCAUCGCUGCUGGAGGCCGGUAUGAUGCCCUAAUCGAGGAGCAUCGCUCCAAGGCGCAGGUCAAAUCCAGUACCUGUCAUGCUGUGGGACUGAAUCUCGGCUGGGACAGGCUGGUAGCAUCCAUGGCCCGUCUUCAGAAGAAAGCCGGCAAGAACAACUUCCUCAAGAAGUCCAACGAGAAUGAGUCCGGACCCGGCCAAUGGGCACCGCGCCGCUGCGACGUCCUCAUCGCGUGCUUCGACUCGGCCGCCCUCCGCUCCACGGGCGUGAAAAUGCUCGGCGAUCUGUGGGCUCACGACGUCAGCGCCGAGCUCUCCAUCGACGCGCGCUCGCCCGAGGAACUCGUCUCGCACUACGCCGACGACAAGCACUCGUGGAUCGUCAUCAUCAAGGCCGACGCCCUCAGCACCGGCAAGCCCGACCUCAAGGUCAAGUCGCUCGUGCGCAAGGAAGACACGGACAUCCGCAGCUCCGAGCUGCUCUCGUACCUCCGCCAGGAGAUGCGCGAGCGCGACCACCGCGAAGGCCGCCCCGCCGUCCCCCGCCUCGGCUCCAACCGCCUCUUCGGCGCCGGCGCCAGCCUCGUCGGCCACGACGGCCACAACUACACCCACGGCGGCUCCGCCGAUUCCAGCAACAACGCCGGCGGCUCUGGCGGCGGCGGCAGCGGCGCCGGCGCCGGCAGCAGCGGACCCGGCUCGUCAUCCACCAACACCAACAACGUGCAGGUGCUCAUGGCGCAGCACCGCUCCAAGAAGAGCAACAAGUGGGGCAUCGUCGAGGCGGCGCAGGCCCGCACGCGCGAGCUGCUCGCCUCGUACGCCGGCGGGCCCGUCGCCGCCAUCGAGACGAAAGACGAGGUCAUGGAGUCGCUGCGCGAGGCCCGCCUCGGCGAGCCCGACUCGUGGCGCCGCGUCAUCCAGGCCGUGCCGCUCGCCGAGCGCCAGUACCUGCAGGAGGUGCACGCCAUGCUCGACGGCUACCGCCGCAAGUGGGACGCCGACGGCCGCCCGCCCGAGGGCAGGGUCGCGUUUGUGUAUAAUUUCAGGACCGGGGCAAUGGUCAUGUAUGACUUGGGGCUUUAG